UCUGAUUACUCAUAUCACCAAUACUCAAGGUUUAACUGAUCAAACUGAGAAAACAGCCAGCAGACAGAGAGACACACUGAUGGGUUUAAUUGAGUUCUCAUGACAGACACAGGGAACGAGAGAAACACAAGCAGAGAGAUGGGGUGGAGGAUGGGUGUGUGGAGAUGUGAUGUGACUUCCUCUUUCAGAAGCUGUGAAAGCGAGUGUUUGUCUGAUCGUCUCUCUCAGACGCUGGUAUGCUGGUGGUCAGGUUUGUUCUGGUUCUUCUGUGUGUGACUCUGGUCUGUUCUGAGAUCAGCCGUCUGACUGAUCAGUGGAUGGCCUGGAAAUCUCAACACAAUAAGAGCUACAGAAACACAAGAGAGGAGCGUCACAGGAGAGCCGUCUGGGAGCAGAAUCUUCUGGAGAUCCUCAAACACAAUGAGGAGACGGCCGUCGGUCUGCACACAUUCACACUGGGACUGAACCAGCUCAGCGACAUGACUGCAGAUGAAGUCAAUCCUCUGAUGAACGGUUUACUGGAGGAAGAUUUUCCUGAUGUCAACGUGACGUUCAGUCCUCCGUCACAUGAUCACCUGAACGUCCCUCCCAGAGUCAACUGGAUGGAGCGCGGGAUGGUCAGUCCCGUCCAGAACCAGGGCCCGUGCGGCUCCUGCUGGGCCUUCAGUGCUGUCGGGGCUCUGGAGGGGCAGAUGAAGAGAAGAACCGGCGCUCUGGUUCCGUUGAGUCCACAGAACCUGCUGGACUGCAGCGUGAGUUUGGGGAACCGCGGCUGUAAGGGCGGAUAUCUGAGCCGAGCGUUUCUCUACAUCAUCCAGAACAAAGGCAUCGACUCCAACACCUUCUACCCGUACGAACACAAGGUGGGUGCGUGUCGAUAUUCUGUGACGGGAAGAGCGGGAUACUGCUCAGGAUUCCGGAUUCUUCCACCUCACAACGAGGGAGCGCUGCAGUACGCCGUCGCUAACAUCGGCCCUGUGUCCGUCGGCAUAAACGCCAGACCUGCUUCCUUUCACAGAUACAGAGGCGGAAUCUACAGUGAUCCGAAGUGCAGCUCUAGAUUGGUCAAUCAUGCAGUUCUAGUGGUCGGUUACGGGUCAGAAAAUGGACAAGAUUACUGGCUGCUGAAAAACAGCUGGGGGACGGCGUGGGGUGAAAAGGGCUUCAUACGCAUGGCACGAAAUAAAAACAUGUGUGGAAUAUCCAGGUUUGCCAUUUACCCCACCGUCUCAUCUGAUCCGAUCUGAUGUUCCUGACGUCUGAUCCCAACUGAAAUGAGCCACUGGAGUGGGAAAUAUCUUAUAAAAUAUCUGUUUUUUAAAAUAAUGUUUAGUUUACAUCACAGCCCUGUAAAACCACAUGACAGCUGUCACUAUAGACCAAAACAACUUCAGAUCUGGAACACGAGUUGGCUGGGCAGAUGGCUUUGAUUUUCUAGCAAUUUUAGAGUUCAAGUUAUUUUGUAAAAUAUCUAUUUUAUAUAAAACCCAAAAUGUUUAGCUCAGUAUAUUCGCUUUACAGUAAACUUAAACUUCUAUUUCAUUUUAUCAAGUGUCUUGUUUGACUGUUUGCAAUUGAUGUUGUUUGAAAUAAAGUUGAUAUUGAUACUUAGAAGCAGGUGGGAGGAGCAUUCUCAUUCUACAGCAUCUGAUUGGACAAAAACCUCAUUGAUGUCAUCAACAUUUUCCCCAGGAGAGUCUUUAAUUGAUUAAAACGUUCUGCCAUGAUGAGAAAGCUGAUUUAAUAAGUCUAAUUGUGUGUUUGAGUGUUGUGAGAAUAAAUAAAGCUCAAAGUUUGAUUAAAAUGA